UCAUGCUGCUGCUGCCGCGGCGUCUGGCGGCUCGGCCGUGUUUUUUUCUCCGUCCACAUCUGGUUUCCACUCCUCCGGUUCUUCAUGCGGUUUCAGCUGUUUUUCUGUCAGACUUUAAAAACGUCCACGUCCCCGUCGCAGCGUCGGCACUUCUGCCCGGAGGUCUACAGUUACGCAGUGCCGUAACCGGGCCAUGUGAAAUUACACGCCUGACCACAACGCCGUGAAAAAGUGCAGCGCAGCCUCGCAGACACAAAUAGACGAGUUUCAGUGUGAGUCUGGCCCCGAGCCCAGCCGAGCUCCAGAGCAGAACCUUAAAGUCGUUAUAGACUCGCUGCAGCUCAGUGCGGCUCACACACACACACACACACAUACUCUUCAUCCUGUGAGGAACGACAGACGCAGACACAUACAUUAUCAGACAACAGACGCAGACACACUCAGAUAACACACACACACACACACACACACACACAGCAGUGAGGAUGAAACCCCGCAGGACUUCAGCAAAGCAUUCAAUGUAGUGUGUCUCUCGGCUAUGCAGCAGUGCAGGAGAGACGGUGAUGAUGGAGACACCGAAAACCUCCAGAGCUAACAAAACUCCUCUAACUCCGCCCACCAGGAUGCAUGUGAUCCAGGUGGACUCAGUGCAGCGUUGGAUGGAGGAUCUGCGUCACAUGACUGAGGUGGAGUGUAUGUGUGUGCUGCAGUCCAAGCCACUGGGUGUGGACGAGGACUCUGCAGGUGAGCUCAUCAUCCCCGGGGUGGGCAUGGCCGGUGAUCAUGUGACACGAGAUAACCUGCAGACUCUCCUGAAGAGGGCACUUGUUGUGAGCACUGAGCUGGGCAAGAUGUUCCAGCGUCUAGAGAAAGGACGAUGGCAGCGUGUACACGGAACCGCUGUCAGAGCCAACUGCCACGUCCGCUCACUGGUGCACGAGUGCAGUGCUCACAGAACCAACAACACCCACAUGCAGAAGUAUGAGGCCACUCUGCUGGAGAAGUGUAUGGAGCUCACCGUCAUCACUGAGAGGUGUCUCCACACAGACGAUGAAUAUUUCCUCAAGUCCAUGAAGGAAGCCAUUCAUGAGAUCCUCACGGAUGUCAGUGAUUCAUUCAGCCAAAUGAUUGACAUGGCCUUAGCCAAUGAAAUACAAGUCCUGAUCAGGCAGGUUGAGGAGUCAGAUGACGUGUUCCUCAUGGAGAACGCGAUCAGUAACCUGCUGUCACUCACCCAGGAUGGACCGCAGCUCUGCAGCAUCAUCGCCAAAGAAGGUGCAGUCGUAGCUCUGUUGAAGAUCUGUAGGCAGGAUUGUUUCAGCUCUUUAUACGCUCCUGCACUCAGGACUGUCGCCUCCAUCUGCUGCGUGGAGGAGGGAAUCAACCAACUGGAGAAAGUGGAUGGUGUACUGUGUCUGGCUGAUAUUCUGACUGAUGAAGGUUGUACAGAAGCAGCUCGAGCUGAAGCGGCUGCCGUCGUGGCUCAGAUCACGUCUCCUCACCACUCCAACACACACCACCUGUCCAGCUUCAUUGAGAGCAUGCAGGACAUCGUCUCCGCCCUCAUCAAGCUGUGUGAGACUGCGUCGUGUGGUGAGGUGUUCCUCUUAGCCUCGGCUGCUCUCGCGAACAUCACUUUCUUUGACAGUUUGGCGUGUGAGAUCCUGCUGCAGCUGAACGCAGUGCACAUCCUCCUUCAGGCCUGCAGGGACCGCCAGCGAGUCGACACACCUUACUCUAAAGACCAGGUCGUAACAAUUUUGGCCAAUUUGUCUGUUUUGGAGCAAACAGCAUCAGAGGUCUUACAUGAGAAUGGAUUGGAGCGUCUGCUGGUGUUGCUAGGAGAGAAACCGUCUUCCUCCAGUCCAUCAGAGGGCGCUGCGUGCGAGCGCGUUCAGCAGAAAGCUGCAGUAACUCUCGCACGGUUAAGCCGAGAUCCCGACGUCGCUCAGGCUGCCAUCGAGCUGCGAGCUGUGCCGCGUCUCAUCGAGCUGUGUCGAUCUCCAGCUGAGAGAAACAGCAGUGAUUCCGUGUUGGUGGCUUGUCUGGCUGCUCUAAGGCGGUUGGCUGCUGGAUGUUCUGACAGUAUCGACCCGGCGGAUCAUCAGCAGCUCAUUAAGCCACGGCUCGUCGACUCGUUCCUGCUCUGUUCCAACAUGGAGGAGAGUUUCGUCUAAAGCUGCUUCUUGCUCACAUACACAUAAACACACACACACACAAACACACAUAAACACAAACACACACACCAUGCUGGACUGGGUUAAGCUGUUAACUCUUGUUGCAAGACCGUACAAAGUUUAUUGUAUUAUUUUAGCUUAGGAGCUACAGUGCUAAUGCUAAUGCUAAAAAAGCUGCUCUUUCAGCAGUGUUCAGUUCUAUAAUAAUGAAUAAAAUAUUAAUAAGCUUAGAACUGGAACACGAUCUACAACCAGAACGCUAACAGAACCAGCAACAGUACAAGUAGAACUGAACAUAACUAUGCGUGAAAUCAGAAUCCAAACCAGUACAAGAACCAGAACCAGAACAGAGCUAGAACCAAAAUUAGAAGAAAAACCAAAUAUAACUGGAUCCAGAUCCAAAGCCAGAACUAAAAACAGAAGAGAAAUAGACCAAGAACCCAAAACAAGAACUAUAAAGGGGGGGGGGUAUGAGUGAAGCUCUGUGCUAGAACCCCAUGUUCCUGUACUAUAAAUCUGUGUUCUUGUGCUAGAACCCCAUGUUCCUGUGCUAUAAAUGUGUUCCUGUACUAUAAAUCUGUGUUCUUGUGCUAGAACCCCAUGUUCCUGUGGUAUAAAUGUGUUCUUGUGCUAUAAAUGUGUUCCUGUGCUAGAACCCCAUGUUUCUGUGCUAUAAAUGUGUUCCUGUGCUAUAAAUGUGUUCCUGUGCUAGAACCCCAUGUUCCUCCUGUGCUAUAAAUGUGUUCCUGUACUAUAAAUCUGUGUUCUUGUGCUAGAACCCCAUGUUCCUGUGCUAUAAAUGUGUUCCUGUACUAUAAAUCUGUGUUCUUGUGCUAGAACCCCAUGUUCCUGUGCUAUAAAUGUGUUCUUGUGCUAUAAAUGUGUUCCUGUGCUAGAACCCCAUGUUCCUGUGCUAUAAAUGUGUUCCUGUGCUAUAAAUGUGUUCCUGUGCUAGAACCCCAUGUUCCUCCUGUGCUAUAAAUGUGUUCCUGUGCUAUAAAUGUGUUCCUGCGCUAGAACCCCAUGUUCCUGUGCUAUAAAAUUGUGUUCCUGUGCUAGAACCUCAUGUUCCUAUAUAUAAAUGUGUUUCUGUGCUAGAACCCCAUGUUCCUGUGCUAUAAAUGUGUUCCUGUGCUAGAACCCAUGUUCAUAUGCUAUAAACCUAUGUUCCUUUGCUAUAACCCAUGUUCCUGUGCUAUAAUUCUGUGUUCCUGUGCUAGAACUCAUGUUCCUGUGCUAUAAAUCUGUUCCUGUGCUAUAAAUCUGUGUUCCUGUGCUAGAACUCAUGUUCCUGUGCUAUAAAUCUGUGUUCCUGUGCUAUAAAUCUGUGUUCCUGUGCUAGAACCCAUGUUCCUGUGCUAUAAAUCUGUGUUCCUGUGCUAGAACUCAUGUUCCUGUGCUAUAAAUCUGUGUUCCUGUGCUAGAACCUUAUGCUCCUGUAUUAGAAAUCUGUGUUUCUGAGUGUAAACACCACUAAAGGGAUUAGAACCCUGUGUUUCAGUGCUAGAACCCAAUGUUCCUCUUGCUAGAACCCUGUGUUUCUGAGUGUAAGCGCCACUAAAAGGGAAUUAACACACUACAGCUCCGGAGCACUGUUCUGUUUCUGAUGAUUGAAAUAUUUAAUUUAAAAAAACUAUUUUAAAUUUUUUUUUUUUUAAAGUUUUUACACACGAUAUUUGUAACAUUUCUAACAUUCGUAAAUGUUCAUAACGUUGAUGUAAAAUUAACAAACUACAAAAUUUUAGAGAAAUAAAAAUGCUUUGGAAAUUGA